GCAAAAGCCCAAGCAGCCCUGCCCCGCCUGGAAGCAAAAGGACAGAUUAUUCUCCUCUUUUCCUUGCUUUUCCUUCCCAGACAUCUUUCCCAGCCCCUAGUAUUCCAGGUCUCCUCUGUCAACUUCCUCACAUCCGCAUAGUUGCAUCACCCAAAGUAUGAGUGAGAGAAGGUGAUCCAAAGGGACUGCCCAACCUCAAGAUGAUUGGAGGCAGCUGAUGGCUCCCCACCCAGGAGCUACAGCUGGAGAGAUGGACCCAAAGACGCAGCGCACCCAAAGACGCAGGGCGGAGGCAAGGAAGUCGCUGAAGCAUCCUCAGGUGCCUGGCAGCGCAGAGCAGGAGACAGGGGCAGCUAGGAGCUCUUGGCUCAGCACUUUCCGUGAUAAGAAGGCACUCUCAGGAAUCUCCUUUGUCAGCGCUGCUCCAGGACUCAGAAGAAAUGACGGUGGCCAGGUGCAAUUUCUGCAGCCCCAGGGAAGCUGGCCCGGAGGACCAAACCCAGUGGCACCGAGGGGUGGGCCCAGCGCCCUAAUGGAACAUAAAGGAAAGGAACGCGGCGGGGACGAAGGAAGGGGAGACCGAGAGAGAGCAGCUCUGCUCUUGGCUCAGAUGGGAAGGAAACCACCCCCUCAAGCAAUAGACUGUCCUAAGCCAGGAAGACACCACUUGGGAUUGACUCCAAGACAACGAUUUGACCUUCACUGCCCACCUGCACCUAUGCACCCACCUUUGCCUGGCAUCUUCCUCAUUAUAGCCCAGAAGUAUUUUUGGCACUUUGGAGACAGUCUUUGGGAUGCUAGUCCACUGUUCCCAGUGUUGGCCUCCGUGAAAUAAAUUCCUUUCUUGUUUCACCCCCACUGUUUCUCUGCCUUUGGAUUUUGUCAGUGGCAAGUGGCUGAACCUCGUCUGUUUGGGAUCCCCGGAGCCAGGUGUCCCCUCUACAAUCUCGGCGGUACCAUUACAUUAUGUGUGAUUAUUAUUGUUUUCCCUCUCUAGACCCAGAGCUCUUAUCAGACUAGUGAUGAUGUCUGUUUUGCUCUCCAUAGGAUCCUUGCACCUAAAACAAUGCUUGUCACACAUAAGCUCUUCAAUUUUGUUGAAUAAACAGGAUUGAAACCCAAAUUUUCUGCUUCAUUGUACAUUUGACUCCUAGGCUGGGAAAAACGUUACAGUGAUGCGGACGAAGGCCGAAGGAGGUAACUACUCCUCUAAGAUAAAGGCAAAGGACUAGCCUCCGCUGCGCAGAGAUCGCUGGAGUGGUUCAAAACGGUUCAGUCUAGGACACGACUUCCACUGAGAAAGUAACCACUACUGACGAUGCACACGCACGCCAACCGCCCUCCCCGCCGCAGUCCUGUCCUCUCUUCCG